GACAGGGCGAAGGAGGUGGUCGGGUUUGCAUAUGAUGAGCGAACCCGUAUGCGCAAAGAGCUGAACUAUGCGGAUGUGUACCACAGCGCAAACAGAUAUGGCAGCGGGAAAGAACAAGUUCCGAUAGUCCUUCCAAGAAGCCAACUCUACUCCUUCCUACGUGGCCGCCUCGUGCUUGGGAGGGAGAGCCUGCGUUUGCAAGGGCAUGGAUGGGACCCCCGGCAUUUGAUGCUCUAUAGUGAGAGCAAUCUUCAAGAUCUGGCUGGGAAUUCGUUUUCAGCCAACGUGAUCAUGGCAGUCAUUGCAGCCGUCCUGUGCUCCCUUCGCUUUGUUUCAGAGAGCGAGGCGGAGGAAAACGAUGAUAUCAGUGAGAUGGUUCGGCAAAUGCAGGAACCCUUUCAAAACAUGGAAUCCUAGGGAGGCUCGCGAAUAAAUUUGAUUUUGGCAAUGGGAAGGGUCUGUGCAAGACGGAUCAUUCGCCGUUGCAAAUCGGGCUGGAAUAGCCAAGUACACGUACACUAGCAGUACAGGCCAGGUUUGGGAAUCCUUGGCGACAAUCUUCACUUUGUGUUGUGUACAGCGGCCA